AUGGACCUCCUCGCGCAUGUCGAUAGUGCCCUAGAGGCGGCACAUAUGGAUGCCAUCGACGCCUUACGCGCCUUUUUCCUCCUCGCUGCCGCCACGAGCGUCUCGGUCAGCAUUCCCUCCGCUCUGCACGACCGUUUCCUCCUUUAUGGCCCGCGUGCAACCGUGACUGCAACGGGCUCCGAGCCCGUCGCCGGGUCCCGCUCAGCAGCGCAAUCCCAGACACAAGCGCGAUCAUCGGGCUCGAGCUUACUCGAUUACCUCGCGACCUGGCAGGUACCGCACAGCUACUUUACCCAGUUUUACGUUGCCUCCGUUGCAUCUUCAGUAUUCUGGGCGGCGCAGCUGUGCUGGCGUGGGCGUGUGUUCGAGGCGAUCGCGUCCCGUGUGAGCGAGGAGCAUCUGAAGCAGUCGAUGUCGCUUACACAGGUGCUUAUCUGCUGGGUGCUUCUCGCUAUUCAGGGCUCGCGGAGACUAUGGGAGAGCAUUGCCUUUGCGAAGCCCUCUUCGUCGAAGAUGUGGUUUGCGCACUGGCUGCUAGGGCUGGGGUUCUAUCUUGCAGCGGGCGUUGCUAUCUGGAUUGAGGGAUCAGGCGCAAUCCUUACCCGCAGCCUUACCCUCGCCGACUUCCAGUUUACCAACGCGCCCACUAUCCGAACCUUCGUCUGUGUCCCGCUAUUCCUGAUCGCCUCUGGUUUGCAGCAUGACUGCCACCACUUCCUCUUCUCCCUGAAGAAAUAUACACUCCCGGAUCACCCAAUCUUCCGUGGCAUCGUAUGCCCGCACUACGGGGCCGAGUGUUUAAUCUACCUGUCGCUCACUUACUUGGCCGCACCGCCUGGCCAGGUGGUCAACAAGACCAUGCUAAGCAGUCUGGCCUUCGUGGCGGUCAACCUCGGCUUGACGGCACGUAAUACCAAAAAGUGGUAUAUGCAAAAGUUUGGCCGGGAGGCAGUGCAAGAUCGGUGGCUCAUGAUUCCGUAUAUCUACUAA